CCUGCCAGCUCAGCGCUGCCAAUCCGGUCUGCAAACAACCUGGCUCCACAGCUGCAAAUUAGUUCCUCUCUAUCCUUAGCUCUCUGAAACAGUUAACUUCUGGCUGUGAGACCAUCCUAUCUCCCUGCCUGCUCAACAAUGGAUCCAGCUAAACAAAUGCCCUCCUAAUUGACUUUGAGCAACACUUGAUUGCUUUUACAAAAAACAAAAGGGAGAAAAACAUUGGGGUUUAUGAAAUAAUGACUAAUCCUGGAGCAAGAGAAAGGGGAUGCGUUGGAGCACUGGUGUCAAACAGAGAUUCAAUCUUGGCUUAAAGAGCCCCAAGACACACGGGCCAAGUCAUUCAUCCCUCCCCAACUGCCCUCAUUUCCACACCUGCUGAUCUAAGCCAAACCCCUGCUAAAAUCCAAACAAUCAGGGCCACUGGCAAACAAAAAUUGGAGCAUUGUCUUCCCCAUGAGGGCUCUGAAAAGGCCGCACUUAAUGAGGAUGGAUUGACAGAGAGGUGGCUCCAAGGCUAUAAAAGGCAUCCCACAGUUGGGAGCAGCUCAGUCCGGGGUGCGCUGCCUGUUCGUUUGCUCCCAGCUAGCUCUGAGCAUGGUCAGGACCCACCGCAGGCACCCCUCGAGGUCGGCUGGCCCAUGGCUGCUGGGUGUCCCAUGGCUGCUGGGUGUCCUGGCACGCCUGCUGCUCUGGGGCUCUCCAGGAGCCUGGGCGAGCUACCUGAGAAGAUCCUCCAGCUGCACACCCAUUCCACACCACAUGGCCUUGUGCUAUGAUAUCGGCUACUCUGAGAUGAGGAUUCCCAACCUGCUGGAGCAUGAGACCAUGCCAGAAGUGAUCCAGCAGUCUUCCAGCUGGCUGCCUUUGCUCGCCAGGGAGUGCCACCCAGAUGCAAGGAUUUUCCUCUGCUCCCUCUUUGCACCGAUCUGCUUGGACAGGCUCAUCUACCCCUGCCGCAGCCUGUGUGAAGCUGUCAAGAGAAGCUGUGCUCCAGUCAUGGCUUGUUAUGGCUACCCCUGGCCUGAAAUCCUGAACUGCAACAAGUUUCCUGCGGAUCAUGAACUGUGCAUCGCAGCAGUCUCCACGGACGAAAACUCCUCGAGCAGGAGAACAGUGCCCCGAGCCAGCUGCAAGGACUGUGAGCUUGAGGAGGCCAGUACUGCCAGGGAGAUCCUGGAAAACCUCUGCACCAAUGACUUUGCAGUGAAAAUCCGAAUCCUGAGGAAAAAUACAACCACCACCAUCUCAGACUUCGACCUGGACCCUGGCAGGGUGGAAGUCCUCAAGCACGGCCCACUUCUUAGAACUGAAAUCCCUGCCAGGCUCCAGCAGUGGCUGGACAUAGAUGCCACCUGUGUACACAACAUCAUGAGAGGCACUCACACGGGGGUCUUUGUUGUAAGUGGUGAAGUGCAGAGCGACAAAGUGGUGGUGAACAAGGCCUAUGCCUGGCAGAAGAAGAACAGGAACCUGCACCAGGCAGUGCGCAGGUGGAAACAUCACCGCUGCCCCGAACAGGCUGGCCGGAAGGUCUGAGAAACCUCCCUUCCCAGAGUAAGAACCUGCUCCCCUCCCUAUGGCUAGAAAACUCCUUUCCCUGGCAGCUGGUCUUUUGAAGAUGUUCUUAGGUGGUCCAAAGCAGUCUUAGUCCACAGGUAGGGCCUCCCUACAGAUCCCCAUUUUACUGAGACAGAGCUUAAGGAUGCUGAUUCCUCUUGCAAGGCUCUGCAGAUCCAGGACUUGCCAAGCACAGCUUUGUGUAGGAUCUAGCGUCACAGCGAAACAGAACUCUGCAGGCAAGCACAAACUAGAAGAGACCUUUACUAACAGGUCCUUGUACUUAUUAACAUCAAAGCUGACAGCCAUUUCAGCUUCAUCAUUUGACACUGAUGCUGCCCAAGUGCCUGCUUGCUUCCUCUCCA